AAUCUCUUCACGAUGUUUAACUCCCUUGUCACGGGAUCUCAAGCCCCGAGGGGUAAUUUCGAUAGCGACAAGCCGCUGCCUUUGACGCCGGAGGAUGUUACUUCGGAGUGGCUAUCUGAAGCUCUUGGCGUUGCUGUAAAGGACUUCAAGAUCAGUUCUGUUAUACACGGCACUUCGUCCAAAGUCUUCGUGGACCUCACUUUUGGCGAUGGUGUUGAAACGGAGAUUCCUAGUAGGGUUGUCCUUAAGGGAGGUUUCAAUCCGGUGAUUCGUGAGACGGUUCCUCAGAUGCUACCGACUUAUCGCCGCGAGGCUGAGUUCUACUAUCAUGUUGCCCCGCAGACUACAAUGCUUCUUCCCAAGAUCUGGUUCGCUGGUACAGACACAGUCAACGGCCAAGGCAUCUUCAUCAUGUCAGAUGUAUCGAGCGAAGCUAGCUUCGGCACACCUCUGGAGCCCUGGACACCCGAGCGUGUUGGCGAAGCUCUGAAGCAACUCGCCAGUCUGCACGCAAAGACAUGGAACACCAAGGAGGAAGAAUAUCCCUGGCUCUUUGGAAAAGAUGGAUCAAAGCUGGAGAACCCUGUUCGAAACAUUAUCCUUGCGCUGCUGGAGCCUGCACCAUGGGGAGCACGUUUUGACGAAAAGGUUCGGCCGCCUGUCGCUAAGGAGCUCCUUGACCCCGACCGUAUACGAAAGGCUUUCCAGGCUCUUUGGAAACAUGCAGACGCGGAUCAGAAGUAUUACUCGCUGAUUCAUGGCGAUGAUCAUGUUGGCAAUACGCUGAUUGCGAAUGAUGGCACUCCUGGUUUUAUUGACUGGCAGGGUCUGCAGUUUGGGCCUUCAGUUCUUGACUUGGCUUACUUUCUCACGGGUGCUUUGACGGUUGAGGAUAGACGGAAGCAUGAAAAGAGUCUUAUUGAGACGUAUCUUGAAGCUUUGCAUAAAGAGGGAGGACCGCAGCUGACAAGAGAGGAUCUUUGGGAUGAUUAUCGGCGAUAUAAUCUGCAGGGCUUCCUCUGGGCGAUGACACCUCAGACGAUGCAGCCCGAUGAAGUAGUGUUUGCGAUGGCGGAGAGAUACUCUGCUUGUAUUAUUGACCAUGGAACUCUUGAGCUGCUUGGAGUUUAA